AAGGAUCGGCAUAUGCAUGUUUGGACGAUAGCAUGCAAUGCGUCUUCAUCCCACAAUCUGGAAAGUCGCCCGGCGCCGUUGGCUGCUGCGAUGGCGACGACUGUACCUUCCGUUCAUCAUGCGUCAACAGGAGUGAACGGGAUGACUGCGACGAGGAUUGUCAAGAAGAUCCCUCAACGCUGAAAUGGUAAAUGAGUGUUGCAGACCAUGGCCAUGCCGGGUUAUGUUCACUGACAGCACAUAGCACCGGCUUGCUCCAGAGGUACUGCAACACCGUCGCCUUCCCGGGCGGCGUGACGGACUACUACUGCGCCUUAACGAAGGGGUCUGUUCUCACGGCCCAGACAGCGGCCAAGGGUGAUAAGAGCAGGAGCUUCUCCGAGGUCAAGCCCACCAGUACCUCGACCAAGAAGACGACGACGACAACGACGAGCUCAACCACGUCCAAGAAAACUUCCUCGUCUUCGUCUUCCUCUUCGACUUCGACCUCGUCUUCAACGACGUCCAAGUCCUCAACCCGAUCCACAUCCGAGACGUCGUCCGAGGUUCUGCCCUCCACCACCGAACCUACCAUCACCGCGUCUACCACCGACGCCGAUCGUGCCGGCGCGGCCACUUCUUCGACACCGCCCGAGGCCUCGACCACUCAAUCUACCCCGGUCGGCGCCAUUGUCGGGGGUGUCCUGGGUGGUAUCGCCCUCAUCGCCUUGUGCAUAUUUGGCGCAAUCUUCCUCCGCCAGCAGAGGAAGAAGAGCCAAGCGAUGGCUGAAAUGCCUCCUUCCCAGCCUUUCAUGGCCGAACCCACAUUGCCCAGCACUCAACCCCCCGUUCCCCCCUACGGGCAAGGCAUGGGAUCUUCCGGCAUGACUGGCUACCCCCCGUCGUCUGCCGCUGGGACCUCGCCGCAGAUGUUCGCCACUCCAACGGCCGCCGCAGCUGGCGCGACUGCUGGCGCGGUGGCGGCGGCAGCAGCAUCAGCACGAGGAGCCUCCGGCCCCUACCACAACCGUCCGCCAAGCACCCUCACCACUACCACCACCGCCGCCAACAACACCUACUACGACCCGAGCCCUUUGACCACGCCCGGCGGCAGCCCACAGAUGCAGUAUGCACAUCAGAUGCACCCACCACCGCCCCUUCCCACGCCGGCCUACUACAACCACCCUUCACAAGACGCUUACCAGGGGGGAGACGGAGCAUGGGCUGGAGGCGGCAGCACCAACGCCGGCGCCGCCGCGGAGCCGCCCGACCGCCAUUCGACCUCCACCCCGGUCUCGACGUACAACGGCGCCACCCCCGUCACCCCGGCCUCUGCGCUGGGUCCGAUGCCGGGUGAGCCUCAGCAGCACGCACCGGCGGGCGGGGGCGGUGGUGGCAGUGGCAGCGACGGGAACGGGGUGCCCCUGAUUCUGCAGCCGGGCAUGGGAUAUCGGCCAUACAGGCCGCCCGGUGCCGGUGGCAGCAGCAGCACGCGAAGCGCAGGGGGCCGGAAUGCAACCGCGAGCGCGAGCGGAAGCGAAAGCCCGACUGUGAGGACCGCGACGGUCGCCAUGGUGGUGCCCCGGAAGGUUGUCCCAGCAUCGUCCGCGCCGCCCUCGACGGAGCAGUCGCGGAGCCAAGGGCAAUCACAAGGGGCCGCGGCUCCUGGGGAUCAGCAGACUGCUGCUGUCGAGCUGCCGUGAUGGAGGUGGCGAAGAGAAAGGACUUUGAAGUGUGUCAUGAACCCAUUCGAUGUCCCUUCAUUCGGCGUUACGCCAGCAUGUCACUGGAUUUCUUUUUUGCCUUACUUCU